ACUAGAUUCCAGUUCCAUUGGGCGAAGUUUGCCAUACUUGAUUCAACCAAUCAAAAUGCCAGGAAACACGAUGGUGGGGGAAUCCGGAAACUUGGAUGUGGGUGUGGGGUGGGUGGCACCUUGAACAGUGCUGGUGGUUCCUAGGGACUGUUCUGCUUUUGUCAUGAACUAAAAAAAACAAAGUGAAUCUGACAGAAUCUUAGGAAAUAUUUUUGUGAAAGUAAAUAAAUAAAUGUAUUCAAAUACUGUGUCACCACUUGCGGCCACCAUCGCCUGUGUCGCUUCCCGACCUUCCCCUUUGCAAGUGUUGAUAUGUCGCCACAUAACCCCCAGACUGGGUUGUCAACUGCACAGAAUGUCGUUCAGUAGUUCAAAUCAUGAAAGGAACGAAACGUCUGAAACCUUGGAUCGGGAAAAGGCCGAUGCUUUGGUCCUUCGGUUUACUGAGGGAGAGAGGACUGUAUUAUUGACCGCGCUGCAAAGUUACCAAGCCAAGCAGGUGAAAUCAGAAUAUGAGGGUCAACUAGCUGCCAUUCGAUGGAGAUCCAAAUUUGGGAGACCAUCUAAGGUGCCUAAUGUGGGGAGUGUGGACCCUACAGGAUCUUUUUGCCCUGUUCCUGAAGAUUGGUUGAUGCGCAAAUAUGCCGAAACUGUGCCGAAGCCUUCUACCAAGCAACUCGCUUCAGUUGUGUUGCAUAACGCCAUACCUUUUGUUGGAUUUGGGUUUUUGGACAAUGCUAUUAUGAUUAUAGCAGGUGACUACAUAGAACUUAUGCUUGGAUCGAUCAUCACAAUAUCUACAAUGGCAGCUGCUGCACUUGGCAACACAUUUUCUGACAUCAUGGGUAUUGGCUCAGCAUGGUAUAUUGAAUCUUUAGCUGCCAAAGUUGGUCUUAAGCCUCCAGCUCUUUCUCCGAUACAACUUGACAUGAAAUCAAGCCGUUGGGCUGCCAACAUGGGACGGGUCAUUGGUGUUACAGUAGGCUGCAUCUUGGGAAUGGUGCCUCUUCUUUUCAUUGGUAAUGACAAAGAUAAUGACAAGCAGGAUAAAAAGAAAGAAUGAAUUCUUAAGGAGUGUGCCACUUUUCUAAUCUAAUAUAUUCUUCUUGCCGAAGCUAAAGAUUAGCUUUCACUUUGUAGGGUACCAUACUGUCCGGGACCAUACUGUUUAUCUUCUAAACACAUACCUGUAAACUCUAUUUUAUCUGAACAAAAAUUUUUGUUAUCUCUUUUAACAAGUCUAAUCGGUCAACAAAUAUCAUCUUAGUAAGGCUGUGUAAUCUUUAUCCUAUAGGAACUAGCUAGUUCUAAAAAAAACAUAAAUUUUGUUUUCUUUGCCUUUGUAUUCAAAAUCCCUUUUAUUUUUAUGUAUCUAUUUUGACUAGACCAAAAUCUUGCCUUCUAUUUCUGUGUAGUUUGUGAGGAGCCCGUCUGUAAAUUUGACCUAUUAGAACUUUCCUCUAAGCUAAACUAAAUUGAAGUGUUCCCUGUGGAACAAUUAUACUAAAUCUAAUGUAGUACCCCCAAUAUCCUCAUGGGCUAUUUGGUUUCAGCUGAUGGGCUAGAGUUUUCUAUCCUACAUUGUCUUUUGUUUUGUCAAUGUUUUGUUUUACUUAUUGUGCCUUUUAUUUUUUAACCAGAUCUCUCUGUAUAAUGUACAGUUCUUAAGCCUGCACUUGUAUCGUGAUAAUCUCUCUGAAUGUUUUUCUGGUCUUAGAUAGGAGUCAUUACGACAAACAAUAGACAGUAAACCAACAGUAAGAUAGUUUACUGUCCCUGUGUUCUAAAUCUCACUCUUAAUUAGAUCAUUAUUACUGAGAAUGUCUGUACAACAUUUUAUCUAGUCUGAUGCUUCCAGCUCCUUUUGGUGCUUUACAUCCUUUUAUUAAAUGUUAAAAAUGUGUUGUUUUAUUAACUAGAAACUGUUGAGUGUGGUUUUCAAAGCACAAAAUUUUAAGAUGGUUGUUGGGUAAUUUCUCUAUUAUCUUGUUGAUAAGCUAUACCCGAGUUCAUUGUUAAUGAAUGUGGUUUAAUCACGACUGAAGAACAGUGACGUCCUGCAACAAUUUCCAUCCAACAUGUAGAGUAGGAGUUAUUGUAUGUAUGUAAUAAAAAGUAAUGUUAUAUGUA